UAGCAAACUCACAAUGCUGCUACAAUACUGUACGUAGCCUUCAUUUGUCAAGUUGUUUGGACGACAAGAGGCUUUCUCAUGAAGUCGGGCUCGUCGUUGGCCGUGACGUCCAAGUUUGGCCGGCAGCGCAGUGCAUUGCUCGACGCCAUUGAAGAAGAGGAAGGCUACGACAGCGACGCCAAAGCUGCGACGAAGUGUCGACAGUCAGUGUGGAACUGCCCCAGUCGCAGUGUCCACCCCAAGUUUGUCCUGUAUCGAAGUGGAAGCAGUGACCACCACGACACGAACCACCGAGUCAUGCGGCAAGUUGUGGACGCUGUCACCCAAGGCCUGUCCAUCGUGUUGUUUGAAAUCUGCCGCGGGGUGCUUGUAGUUGUUGUGGUUGGGUCUGUCGCCACGGCCGCGGUGUGCGUCGGGGUGUAUGUGCACAUGAACCAGUGGCAACUUGUAGUUUAGACGUCGCGCGUCUGUCAUUAUCAUAUUAUUUAUUAUACGCACGUUCAACGAAAACGAUGUUCAAAUGGGC